AUGAAUGCCUGUCAUCCGGAUCCCCCAGUCAAGCGUCGUGCCCGGGCGCUCUUCGCCCUCGCCAUCGGAUGCGCCGCCUUCCUGGCAGGAAGCCCCCGUGCAGAUCUGACGUCUGAGCAGCGGAGUGCGCGCACAUGCUAUGGCCCCUUUGUGGAAGCCUCUCCAAUGGACAACGCCUUCAACUUCGUGGACGACAUGGAGGCAGACUUGUUCGUUGAAAGCGCAGGCGAACAGUUCGCCGCCGGAGAAGGUUGGGAUAUCGACGGCAUGUCGCAAGACUCCAUGCUCGAUAAGCCACUGACGUCGACUGCCACGGGAAUGGAGGCUUCUGCGACCGCAGCGGUUUUGGCCGGUGUCAGCAGUGUGUUCAUUUCGCGUGCGUGA